AUGUCAAAUCAACAAGGCCAGGAAGAAAAAAAUGUGGAAUAUCUCCCAAAUCCACCAGACCGUCAAAUGCAUAUUUGUGAAGAGUAUUCACAAAAUGCCGAAAUGUAUCGACGGGGACUCUGGAUUCUGUACCCUGGCCCAGGGGAGUUCUACAUCCCUCCGUCUCGAAAUCCCAACGAGGAUCAAGACGGAAACAAAAUCCCGAAAGAAGAGGUAGGCGAUGGCGAUGAUGGAGAUGAUGGAGCUGAUGGUGGUGCAUGCAAAGAGAGAAGCAACUUCCAUCAGAAAGAGGAGGAAGACGACGAUGAGGAUGAAGACAAACCAAAAGUUGAUAUCCAGGCCAAUCUUCCAUUGGCCCCAAUCCCGGUUUGA